GUGCCACAACACGCGCCAUCUUCUUUUCCGAGAAACAACAAACGAAGUAACAUCAUUGACGAACAUCGCUCUAUUGGCCGAAAUGGCAGUGUAAAAGUGCGCCGCUACCCAGCCGCCAACAAAACAGUGCAUCCAGCCAGUGCACUGAGUCACCUCCAAAUCAGAAACAUGUCGUCCUAUGUGGAAACCCUCACUGCUGCGGCAUUCGACAGCAUAAAAGAGUUCGGAACUAUCCUAUCCUCUUCGCACACUCUGUUCGUGACCAACAACAGCCACUAUGACCACGAUGAUGACAAACUCACAGUUUGGCCUGGAAGACAUGGAGGCCCUUCUCUGGGGACCUUCCUCUCCCAUGGCUGACGCCAUGAGCUUCUCAACUUCACGCCCUGACCAAGAAGAACAACAGAAAGGAGGGAGAACCUCAUUGGAGGGCGACGCUUCCCCUGCGUCGCCCCUCACCUCAUCGCUGUCCUCUUCCUCCUCUCCUCCUCCCUUCUACUCUCCGCCUCCCUCGCCACCGGCCGUCCUCCUCCAGGGGUACAAAGCUGGGAUGGAGUCUGACCUGCUCUCCCUCCCCUGGUUGGGCCACCCUGGUCAGCUGAGACAGGCCGCCUCAGAUGACCGCAAAGAGGAUAUGUUCGGUGACCUGGACUGGAUGGCUGAGAGGGUGGAUCUGUCCGAGUUUGACCUGGACUCUCUGAUUGGCUCAUGCAGUCCUACUGAGGAGUCCCCGAGCUGUCCAGAAGACCUCCUAGCCUCCCUGGGUUGCCCCAUGGAGCUUGACUCCCUCCCAAUGCCCUGCUUCUCAACUCCUGCUCUCUCAAGUCUCCCCUCUGCUUCUCUUCCAAGUAUACCUCCCCCAACCCCUCUGGUCAGCUCCGAUCAUUCUGUCAUUACAGUGGAUGAGCCUGAAUCCUACAUUGACGUACAGGAUUGUCCCGGCUUUCCCCUGCGUGUCCCUGAGCCACAACAGGAGCUGGAAAUCAAAUCUGAGCCCGCUUCUCCAGACCCCCCAUCCCCCUUGGUUGAUUCUCCCUCCUCCCCAGCCUACACCCUCGACUUGGGCAGUGAAGUUGACAUCACGGAGAGUGAGGUGAAGCCAGUGGUAGCUUCAGUUUUCCCGAGGCUUGUACUCUCCCUCUCACCGACCAGCAUCGUCCUUGUCCUGGCUCCCAAAAAUGAAAUCGGGAUCACCACCACCACCUCACAAAUCGUUCAUUCCUCCAUAAGCAGACCAUACCCAAAGCCCACAUACAAAGCUAGUCCACCAUCUCCCAGUGCCCCCAGUGUCAAUGUUGAGUCCCCCCGCGAUGCAGAUGGAGAAGCAAGGGCUACUUUGAAGGCCCCCAAAGCCAAGAAACUGAAGAAGAUGGCGCAGAACAAGACGGCCGCCACGCGUUACAGGCAGAAGAAGAGAAAAGAGCAGGGUUCACUUCUUGAUGAGCAUGGUCUGCUGGAGAGGAAGAACCUGGAGCUGACCGAGAAAGCCGACUCCUUGGCCAGGGAGAUAGAGUACCUGAAAGAGCUGAUGGAGGAGGUGUGCCAGGCCAGGACACACAAAGGUCUUGGUGCUGACCCCUAGUGGUCGGACCUAUCAACAUAUAUUGUGUGAAAGCAGAAGAAAGAUUUUAUUUAAUACAAGCAAGUAUAAGUAAAGUAAAAUGUUUUCUGUCCAAACAGUAAGUCUUGGAUCCACAAUUUUCUUCAGAAUACCGCUGUUCCUUUUUUAUAUAUAUCAAACACUGGUAUUAAAUUAUAGAAUACUUUUAUCAUGUUUGGAGUGGUUAUAUGGAAACAAGUAUUUUCCAUUCAGUAUAUAAACUUGAAUUUAUGUCUAAUGUAUGUAAUUGUUUCUCAUCGCUGGACUUCAGUAACCUGCCAGUAUGAUGUAUUUUAAUAAUUGUGUAUUGUAGUAUAACUGGACCAUCUGUAUUAUAAAUCUCUUAAUAAAGAGUCUUACAAUGAA